CAGGUUUUUGCUUCGCUAUACUUGUAGUUGAAAGGAUUGCAAGCAUAAUGGACAAAAUCAAACUACUGCUACUUGUAUGCUUGGCCGGUGGAUACAUAGAUACGAGUGGUAGAUAAUGCUUCUCACAACUCGUACCAGUCGUGAACAAUUCAUUGUUCAAGCAUAGCAGAAACACAGCAGCGCUGGCGUUAACCAGGUUUAAUCCCGCCAUAGCUGAACAAAUGCCAACCACGACGACCUGCUAUGCUUGAACGGUAAAUACGUCGACACGACUACAAGUAGUAUGUCAGUAUGAUUCAUGAAGCUAGUUAUUCUAGUACUACAUACUCUAACGAUAAGUGCAUAACUCGAGCUUACGAGCGACUCACCUUGUCUUGGACUGAUGUCCCUCCCAUCGUCCCGGAAUUAAAGGGGUCUCAGGGUCACUGGCUAAUCGUUCCAAAUUCUCCGAACGCAAUAAUUUAUUCAUGGCUUGCAAUAACCUCCAAGCCAAAAAUAGUGUAUUACAGCAGCUGCAUAUAGAACUAUCAAUCCUUGCUCUUAUUUUCUGCGGCACCCGCAGGUAUGGCUGCAAAGAAGGGUGGCCGGAAAGGUAUUGGCAAGAAACCCAAGAAAAAUACCCCUGUCAUUCCGCCAGUCUUUGAUUACAGCACUUACAUCCAACCAAAAUGGACCCCAAAGCACCUGGAACCGGAAGCCUUUGCAGGAGCUGCCGCACAAAUGCGAUCAGAUAUGCACGAGCGAUUAGAAAAUGAUACCGUGACUUUGCGAAUCCGACAGGUGGAUUGGGAGUACCACGAUGCAUUCGUAAUGGUUGAAAAGGGAUGCACAAUCAUGAGAUUGAUGAGGGAUAUGAUAGCUGAGCAGAUACAUGGUGGGGCAGUCGACGCAGAUGAUGUGAUGGUAUAUCUGGGAAAGGAGACGGAAAGAUCGGCUGAUGAGACAACGGAAGAUACCGGUCUUGGAAGGGAGGACGGCUCUCGCAUGUCGCUGAAGAUAGAAAGAGAUGAUGCUGGCUGGGACAGAGAAUUGGAGUCAUCUACUUGGUCGAUUUCAGCAGCAAGACAGGCCGUCAAUGACAAAUCGAGUCACAUCACCAAAACUUCCGAAACUAGACCCGGCCGGAGAGCAGAUCCAUUAACACGAUUGGAAAAUUGCUUCCCAGAAGUUAUGAACUUCCCAUCUCGGGGUCGAUCUGUGUCCCCGCCUCGACCACCGCUUGCUACCCUCCCCGCUGAUGACCCAAAUCUGAUCGAGACUCCCAACGGGGCGAAAGGUGCUACUGCUAGCAAGACGGAUAUCUUGCCUUUGGGACGAGUGGUUUUUACAAAUGAUCUUCAAGCGCGGUUACAAGAAAUUGCGCAAGCUCAAGCAGAAAUGGCAAGGCAAUUGCAGUUGGCAGCCGCCGGUAUGGCAAAUAUCCCGGCAAGACGUGCUACAUUUGUGCAAGGACUAGGGAUGUUGUCGUCGACAACGGGAGGCCCACUAAGCCGACGUGGAAGUUUCAUGGUUCCACCACCAGUUCCGCUGUCUCGAGCUACGUCUGGGGUGUUGGACAUGAGUGGGUUACCUCCGCCAUUGGCGCCAACACAAGUCCAGCUUCCUCAGGCCGUCACUAUCUGGUACGACAUUGGCUCACACACAGCACCUCGAGUGGCUCCAACGGCAUCCCUGUCCCGGGAGAUUGCCAACAUCUCAACAUGCGCAGGGAAGAAACGCGCAUCAUCAGCGUCAGCGAGCCGUGCCUCAUCCGCUCGAAAUCGUGACAAUGAUGCGUCGAAAAGUCCAGCACUUUCCAAGGUCACCUCAAGUGUCUUUCUCGCACCGUUACCAGCAGCACCAUCCUUCCGGCAAACCCAUCCUUCCCAACCAUUCCACCGCUUUGACCGCUCGGAUCCUAUCGUCAUGUAUGAGGGCUUCAAAUUUCGCCGAAAAUCGGUACCAGGCCCAAAUGUUUCCUUACGCCCACCUUCCGCAUCAUCUGGGCGAGGACUUGGCAGAGGAACAAUUGGGCUUUCCAGAUCACGUUCGGCGAUGGUGGCAAGCGGGGCCAGUGCCCUUAACCUUUACAGAGCGGCGGCGGGUCGUAGAAGGGAUAAUGGUCGACAGGAAACGCCACCUACGCAUGAUUCGGGAGGCCUCGGCGAGGGAGAUGAAAAUUCUAUUUACGAGUCAGCAGAAAUGGAUGCAGCGUCAAAGCGGAGGACAAAGCCUUCAGGAUUGGCCACAUUUAAUGAAGAUUCUCAGACUGCGAAGCCCUGAUUAUGCUGAAGUAUUCCAGAUCUCUCAAAUGCUCGGUGGAAAAGCGAUAUCGCCUGUACCCACAUGUGUGUGUAAAUAUAAUUACUUCUCAGGCCUGCAGCGUAGACAAUUAUGUAAUUUUCACGUAGGAAGUAUGUUAUCCCAGAAAUUGAC